AUGCCGCGUCUUCUUCAAUUGAUCUCGCGUCACUCGUAUUGCGUACUUUCCAGAAAGCUCGCGCCAGAUGCACUCUUGGUCUCCACUCCCCACUUCCACCAACUUCAGAACAACCACAACAUGGGCGACGACCGCUUUCAGAAACUACUUAAGCUUCUACCCGAAGAGAGACUGCCCCCACGAGUCCCAACGCCGCCACCAGAAGAGCCGCCAGAGGAAGCACCAGAAGACGACGGCGACGUCUACAAGUCGCAAGAGUAUAAGGACCUCCCUCACGCAAAUCCCGACUACGUUUUCGCCGACAAGGUCGCACGUGCACCCCCGCGACCUUCACCAGUGCCACGGUCAACGCCGCUUGUGUACGAGAGCGACGAGCCCUUCACUUUCGAUCCAGACAAAGGCAAGACCGCACCUGCUGGAACUAGGUUCUGCCCAUUCAACGCCGUCACCCAGUACUGCUACAGAUUCGUGCCGAAGCUCUGGACUCAACCACUCGCCAGCGCCUUCUUCGACGCAGAGAAGGUCUACAAGCGCAGUUGGAAUCUCGAAUUUGCGCUAAUGUUGAGAUUUCUCAGGUACUACGUCGCCAGCAGCGACACAGGUGUUGUGGCAUUUGUGACCCAAGAGCAACUGCAGACUCUACUUGACGAGAUCAACCACGCAUUUCCCCAGGCAGAUAUCAAGAUCCCAAAGUGGGCUCUCGAGGAAGGACUUCUCGUCGACUUCGACGAUCUCGAGUCGAGCUAUCAUCCCCACCUCGCAGGCACUUGCAGUUCGCGCGCCCAGUAUAGAUCUUGUCUUGCCACACUGGAUCGAGAGCCGAUGAUGUCGAUUCCAACCGACGGAGACCGCAGCCUCGAGGCUUUCAGAGAGAAGAUGGCCGCAGUGGCCGAGAUCACCAAGAAGCGCAAAAAGGGGGCAAACGCGAGAAGACACCAAGAAGCUCUCAUCAAGCGGCAAAGCAUGGUUCGGCAAUCGCUCCGUGGCCAGCGCUACCUUGGACUGCAUCCAAAGAACGACACCGAAUCACUUCUUCCAGACAUCCCAUCGCUUUCAGUCUCUGCUAUCGAUCCUGACCAACCGGCACCAUAUCCUUUCGAUGGCGAACCAAUUUUCGUCUCCAUCGACUGCGAGGCUUGGGAAGAGCCUCCGCGCAUGGUGACGGAGGUUGGGCUUGCGACGCUCGACACGCGCGAUUUGAAGGGCGUGGCACCCGGCGAGAAUGGCGAGAAUUGGCAUCGAUUCAUCAGAGGACGCCACUUCCGUGUCAUUGAGUACAAGGAGUGCGUCAAUCACAAGUUCGUCCAGGGAUGUCCAAACAACUUUGAGUUUGGUAAGACUGAGUGGGUCGGAAGGGAUAGCUUGGGCUUUGUGCUGGCUACCUGCUUCAAGGAGUCAUACUCAAAGGCGGCAACCAAGGACGACGACUUCCCGGCAUUGGGAGCAGACCGAAAGGACGUGACAUCAGCGGAGCCCGAGGAGCGAAACCUCAUCCUUGUUGGUCACGAUGUGAUGCAGGAUGUCGAAUACUUGGACAAGAUCGGCUACAAUAUCCAGCGCACCAACUUCAUGGAUACGCAAGACACCGUCAAUAUGUACCGCACCUACAAUCAAGAGCCGAAUGCUCGCUCUCUCGGUAGCAUUCUGGCAGACCUUGGACUGGCGUCGUGGUACCUGCACAACGCUGGAAACGAUGCCGUCUAUACCAUGCAUGCCAUGCUCGCUAUGUGCGUCAAGACAGCAGCUGACCGAGGUAGUUGUCAGGCCGACGAGCGCAUCGAGAAGAACAACAAGGACCGCAUGGAAGCAGCAGUAGAAAGCGCAAAGGAGCGAGUUGAGCAGGACGGCGAAGGCUGGGAGAAUGGCGAUGGUGACGAUGGAGGUGCUGGCAUGCCGCUCACGGAGGCUGAUCGUCCGCAGUCCAAGCAAAAGCCGCUUUUCCGUGCUGCUCUCGAUGGCGGGGCCGAGCAGGCUAAGGGCGUGCAAGAUUAUGCAUGGCAAGGCUCCCGGUUGCCGCUGACAAUGCCAGAGCUGGAUGGCAAUACAGACUAGGUUGUGCCUGGAUCGUCGGCCGCAGUCACACGAUCUCAAUGGCGCUGCUAUACAGCCAUGUAAAUGCAGUCAAACCCGAUCCCCCUUGGUGUGAACCUCUUCCGAUUCGGCCUGACUCCGCAAUGAGGAUGGCUUUUUGGCUGAAGUGGUGUUUAGUCCUCAGCUUUCGCCAUGCUCAGGACAUCUUCGCAACACCCAUCGCUCCCAAUAUUUCCGCUUGUUGUUGUCGACACGCAGACCAUCAUCAUCUAGCUCUUCUGCCGACUCAAGGCGUCCACCACCACUGCAGGUACACCAAGGUGCUGAAGUCGGGGUGUCUGGCGAGUUGAGGUUGGGAAAAUCGACCUCGUGUGCUUCUGGGCCAUGCUCGUCAUCCGAGUCUUCUUCUUCAUCUCCAUCUUCGUCCUCAUCCUCAUCCUCAUCCUCGUCUUCGUCUUCGUCAUCUCCAUCGCUACUGUCUUCAUAGCCAUGUCGUCCUGUGCCACUAGGUCCUGCUUCACUUUCAUCAUCUUGGGCUUCUUCCUCGUCGCUGCUGCUUUGCGAGAGCUCAUUAAAGUCCGGCAGCUCGGUUCCCACAUCUUGCGAGAAUUGCUGAGAAUGGUAGUAUUGCGUAUAGCCUAUUCGGCGCAGGCUCACCCAUUGAAGCUCGUGCAUCUCAGCUCGUAAAACUUUCAAAACAUCUUUCCAAAGACUCCCUUCCUUCAGAUGCACAUCUCGCAGCCGC